UGCCUCUCCAGUCUCGCACGCCGGCAGCCCGCGCUCGUGGCGCUCGCGCCGUCCCCUAGGCUCCUCCGCGCGGCCCAGCGGGACCCGACGCUCCGGGGGGGGGGGCCAUGGCCGCGUGUAGGGACCGCGUCCGCCUCCAGGGCGCCGGGGAGAAGGGCGCCUCCAACGGGGAGAUCGGCCCCCCGCCGGCCUCCCCGUCCAAGGCCGCCCGCGUGCGGGGCUGCCUGCGCGCCAACCUGCUGGUGCUGCUGACCGUGGCCGGGGUGCUGGCCGGGGUGGCGGUGGGGCUCGGCGUGCGGCAGGUGCCGGGCGGGCUGAGCCGCGCCGGGAUCCUCGCUUUCUCCUUCCCCGGCGAGCUGCUGCUGCGCCUGCUGAAGAUGAUCAUCCUGCCGCUGGUGGUCUGCAGCCUGGUCUCCGGCGCCGCCAGCCUGGACCCCGCCGCCCUGGGCCGCCUGGGCGGCUGGGCCAUGCUCUUCUUCCUGCUCACCACGCUGCUGGCCUCGGCCGUCGGCGUCAGCCUGGCCUUCAUCAUCCGGCCCGGCGAGGGGGCCGCGCCGCCCAGCCUAGGGGGCGAGGAGGACGGAGCCGUGCCGGAGGCGAAGGAGGUGGCGGACUCCUUCCUGGAUCUCAUCAGGAACAUCUUCCCUUCCAAUCUGGUGUCGGCGACUUUCCGCUCCUAUGCUACCCACUACAAGCCAAUGGUGACCAGGAAGAACGUCACCGAUGAGCUGGGAGUUUUUAAUGAAAUUGUCACAGAGGAGAAGGUUCCCCUGGGAGAUGAGGUGGAAGGGAUGAACAUCCUGGGUUUGGUGGUUUUUGCCAUUGUCUUUGGAAUCGCUCUGCGGAAGCUUGGACCCGAAGGGGAGAACCUGAUAAAGUUCUUCAACUCCUUCAAUGAAGCCACCAUGGUGCUGGUUGCCUGGAUCAUGUGGUACGCUCCCCUUGGUAUUAUGUUCCUGGUAGCUGGCAAGAUUGUGGAGAUGGAGGAUGUGGUGGUGCUCUUCACUAGCCUGGGCAAGUACAUCUCCUGCUGUGUCUUAGGGCACUUCAUCCACGGCUUCAUCCUCCUCCCAGUUAUCUACUUCAUCUUCACACGCAAGAACCCCUACAGGUUCCUCUGGGGCAUCUUCACAGCGCUGGCCACUGCCUUUGGCACCUCCUCCAGCUCUGCCACGCUGCCGCUGAUGAUGAAGUGCAUUGAGGAGAACAACGGCGUCUCCAAGCACAUCAGUCGCUUCAUCCUGCCCAUCGGGGCCACGGUCAACAUGGACGGGGCUGCCCUCUUCCAGUGUGUGGCAGCUGUCUUCAUCGCCCAGCUGAACAACAUCCCACUCAACUUCAUCCAGGUCAUCACCAUCCUUGUCACAGCUACAGCCUCCAGUGUGGGGGCAGCGGGGAUCCCUGCCGGCGGCGUCCUUACCCUCGCCAUCAUCCUGGAAGCCAUUGGGCUGCCGACCAGCGACAUUUCCCUCAUCCUGGCUGUGGACUGGCUUGUGGACCGCACCUGCACCAUCCUCAACGUGGAAGGAGAUGCCUUCGGAGCCGGCCUGCUGCAGGUGUACACAGAGAGGAUGACUGGGAAGGCUGAACCUGAGGAGCUGAUGGAGAUCAAAACUGAGGCCGUGGGCCCCAACAAGGUUCCUGGUGAGGAGGAGGGCUCCCCACUGAUCAAGAGAGAUGGGCCCGACCCGCUGGCUGCCAUUGGCUCCUGCGAGAAGGAGUCUGUGAUGUAAUCGGCGCCCAGAGCAUGGCCUUGGUCGGAGACUUUUUUUCCUUUUUUAGGGCUCCUUUUUAAAGACAUGUCAAUUGGGGCAGAAACGGCCACUUCUGGUUUUCUUAAGCCUUGAACCUCCUGGGCCGAGGCAGUCUCUGUGGCAGGGCUGAUCAGCUCAAGACAAUCCUGACACUCCUCUAGAGUGACCCCCUGCCGAUCUGACUUGAGUUCAGGGAGCCAGAAUCUUGGCUCAGCUCCCAGCCCCACCCCUUAUUCCUUUUCUACGUCGAUCCCAUUCUCCUGAUGCUGGCUGCAGACAGGACUGGCUAUGGGGCCUCUUCAAUCACUCCUUGCCUCUGAGCCUCCACUGUCUGCCCUCCCACCCCUGCCCCCUUCCUGUUAAUUUUCUGGACCAAGCAAGCACCAGACCUGGCCUCCCUGCACUUUAAAUGUGCUGAAGCAUCCGGCGUUUCUUGAACGACCGGUAAUGCCACUUUCUGUUAUGCGCUCAGCUGCUCAAGUGGAGGCUGGCCCCUCCUGACUUCUGCUCUCUCCUUCUUGCCUGAAAGACUUGAUACUCUAGCUCAGCCAGUGCUCUGGCUGGGGGUCCCUGCAAGAGAUCCCCCCUCAUUCUCUCCAUGUGGCUACAACUCGGUGGUGGAAGAGCGUGUGCCUUUGUCUGUGUGCCUGUGGUGCAGUCCCGUCUGUCAGGCCGGUCCCGGAGGAGCCAGCGCUGAUGUUGGUGUGGAGUCCUGUGUCUGUCCCACGGUCUCUUGGUGUCCUAAGAACUGGUAGCUCCAGCCAGGCUGAUGUAAUUUAUUUUGCUAUUUAAAUUAUGCAAAUGAGUUGGUCUCUCCAGAGUAGAGGGGAGGGAACCCUUAGACAGCACCAAUGGACUGGAGGCUGCACGUGGCAUCUACCAUGAAAAGGGGAUGGGACAGAUCCUGGACUGAUGAGGAAGCCUGUACACCAAUACCCCAGCUAGGCAUUGCCUUAAUUAUUUGACUCCAAGCCCUGAUUCUUGGGCUGGACACUCCAGCCAAGGGUUACAGCUCGCUGCUGAUGUGUCAACCCUCUGGCUUUUCAGUAUAAGCUCUGACAGGCUGAGGUUCCUCUUGCCCAAUUCACUCCUUAGCAUCAUAGACCCAAAUCCAGCAGGGCUGUUCCGAUGCCAGCUGGAACCUGCUGCUCUUGCCUGUGCCACGACCAGCCGCGUGGGGCUCUGAUAUGGGGCUGUUCUCAGGGGCGAAUGGCUUGUUCUGUUCUGGCUCCGAGCAAGCUGUUCUGGGGGCUGUCGGGCCCUGGUAGCAGCUAAGCUAUUGCUCUCGGCCACAGCCUCAGUCUAGUGGGUCAGUCUGUUUGAAUUUUUGCCGUAUCUCUCCCAAAGAGGCUUUGGGGUGAGGAAUCACAAGGGGGGGGGUUAGCUCUUGGCAUCAAGGUCUGAUCCCGUUUUAAACAGAUGGAGGGCAGGCAGGGAGAAGAUCUGACAGGGGAGGGUGUUUGCACUACUGGCCAGCUCUGGGCCAGGCCGGAUCUUGGAUGUGAUUGCUGGCUCCAUGUGCUGUUACCGACCCAGUGUCUCUGGUUGAUUCCUCCCUAGGCCAGGGGGUGGGUGUGUCCGUUUCUCAGGCUGGCUCUUUAACGCUGGUUUUACUUGGGCUUUUCCCUUCGUUCGCCCCUUAAGGAUCCCUCAACUGAGGGCUGAGUCCAGGGUUCAGUGGGGGGUGUUGGGAGAUGCCAGGGCUGCUUACUGUUCCAUGUCUGUCUGCAAGCUGCGGUUCUCUGCUAAACCUCAGCUGGUGCUGCCUAGCUGGGAAAGCCUCGUCCUCUGGGGCGCCUUCCUUCUCCGAAGAAAUCUGAGCUGCUAAUCAGGCGGCCUGGCCUGUGCCGGAGUCUCACACCAUCCACCAGGGUCUGGUUCCUGUUAGCAGCCCCAUGCGGCCUUGCUUCCACCCAGGGUGCUCCUGCUGCCAGGCGAACAUGUGGGCAGCUGCAGCGGACUAGCUCCUCUCCUUUAGAUCACCCUCGAGCCAGGCCUUGGCGCAGAGCCGCUCGCUGGUGAGAACAGACCCCAGCCGAUCCCUGUGUGAACUCCCUUUGGGGGGUGGGGGGGUUAAUGCUGCUGCUCUCGCUGCUGGGGACAUUGGCACGAAACAGGCAUUUCAGGGCCUCAAGUGGCCUUGUGCCAAGUGUUCCUCUGGCAGCUGUCUCCAUGGCAACCAACGGAGGGCAGACAGGAUCAUUACUGCAGGUGAGGGAAGAAACCGGAGCCUUGGGUGAGCCGGCUCUAGAGGCACAAGCAAGCGGCUGCUAUACUGCCGGGAGUGAGACUGUCUUUGGGCUGUAGCAUGGGCCUCUUGACCUCUGCCAUAGCUUCACAGUGACCUUCAGCCAGUUUCCUUCCCAUGGGGGAGGCAGAUAAUCUAGGUUUUAGCCCAGCCACCUACAAAACCCUCUGGCCUAGUUUUCUUUAAGGCUGGGCCAGCUAGCACACCUGGGGGUAUCUGCUGAUAGUCCUCCAAGGCCUCCCCACAAUUCCCCCUGAAGGAUAGACCCCUUCUUCUGCCGUUGCCUCAGAAAUAAUCCUAGGGCAUCCCAGUUCCAAGAACCAGCGGCUAUGCCCCCAGGCCCACACAUGCGUGUCGGCUCCAGACCACAGUAAUGCAGGUAGGGCUUUGCAGGGGCAUGCUCCCACCCGGGCUAGCCUGCGUCAGCUGUCUAUCACCAGCGUGACCUGGGCAGAGACUCCAUUCCCUUUGUUCCAGCAGGGGGGUGAGAAAAGGCCCAAUGUGGGGGAUAACUAAAUCCUGGGGGUGGUGAUUUGAGGGAUGUCCCCCACUGGAGUCUGAGCCCUGUUUGGCUUGAAAGCCAGUCCUGGCCCCUAUCGCUGGAGCCUGGGAUUUCCAUCUGCAGAAGGUACCUGUGUGUAGGAGGAGCAGACAAGGCUGGUCCAGAGAUCAGUGCCUAUGGGUGCAGGAAGGUUAGGAACAGGCCUGUCUGAAUCUGCUUCAAGCAGUUAACCUCAGCCUUUUGAAAGCAUGAGCAAAUCCCUAGACUGGUCUUCAGGCUGAGAUCUCACCGCCCCUGAGGCGGAUGGGGACGGGGAUGCAGGUGCAUGUCUAAAGUACACAAUGCCAAAGGAAUUGCUGGUAGGAGCCCUGCAGGGGCGAUGUUGCUCUCAAGGGUGCUUGGUGCUGGUGGUGGCAGUGUCUGUCCUCAAUGCUGCAAUGGCUGUAACUAAAAUGUUCACUCCUGACUGUGGAGACAAUAAAACAGACUGUCCCGUG